UUGGAGCUGGUCUACACAAAUCUGGACUGCAGAUCUUAGCAGUGUGAAGCAGAAGUCUACGUUUGACAUCACCUUUGGAUCAAAUUUGAGGGUUCCCUCCAAAAUGGUUUACUGUCCUUUCUACAAGACGGGCAACGCCAGCGUCAACCCAUCCAACCUAACGGCCAAUGCGAGCUCCAUAAAUGUCUUCCCCAUCACUCUCCAUGGAUUGUUCUCCACCAUUGGCAUCAUAGAAAACCUCCUCAUCCUCGGAGUGGUGGGCUUCCAUGUCCGCCGCUCUGUGAUCAGCAUUUGGAUCCUGAACCUUGCAGCUUCAGACCUGCUGGCCACGGGUUCCCUGCCCUUCUUCACCCUCUACAUGGCCCGAGGCAACACCUGGACGUUGGGCACCACCUUUUGCCGAAUCCACUCCUCCAUUUUCUUCCUCAACAUGUUUGUAAGUGGCUUCCUGCUGGCAGCCAUUUCUUUCGACCGCUGCUUGGUGGUUCUGCGACCCGUCUGGGCCCAGAACUACAGGAACAUCAAGCUUGUCCGGAGGAUAUGUGGGGUGAUUUGGACUGUGGCUGUUCUCUUCACUAUCCCCUUCUACAUAUUCCGCGACACCAUUGCCCUUCCUAAUGGCAAGAUCCAGUGUUACUACAACUUUGCCCGCCUCCUUCCGAGUGAGCCCUAUGACCUGGGAAGUCUAUGUCAGCAGCGCAAGGAGGCCUUUGCCUUCAUGAGGCUCUUCUUUGCCUUCCUGAUCCCUCUGCUGAUCAUAAUCUUCAGCUACGCAGCCGUGAACUACAGCUUGGCACGCAGAGGCUGCAGACGCUCUUUCCGUUUCGUUCGACUCGUGGUGGCCGUGGUGGUCAGCUUUGUAAUCUGCUGGGCUCCGUAUCACAUAUUCAUCAUCAUGGAGGUGGUGGCACCAAAUGAUCAUGCUGCACAGACAUUUGCAAUCAAGGCACUCCCUAUCGCGGCAACCAUCAGCUUCAUGAACGCUGUCCUGAACCCUGCUCUGUAUGUGUUCAGUUGCCCCGACCUGCGAAAUAAAAUCAAACACUCUCUGGGCGCUGUAAUGGAGAGUGUUCUGGUGGAGGAUCUGGCAGAGCUGGCUCGACGCCGCAGCACCGUACGCUCUAUCAGCACCACUGAGAUGGUGCUGCGGCCGAGAAAUUCUAUCGCAGCCUUUUGCCAGACAGCGGAGGAGCCAGAGCACAGUGGAAGUCUUGCUGACCAAGCUGAGAAUGUUGUUGUUGUCUUUCAUUCAUGUCAUAUCUAAUUUUUUGUCUGCUGUCCUCUAGUUUGAAUUGGUCAUUAAUGCUGAACGUGGUCAAACUGAACCUGGACUGACUAUGUGGGACAUUUUGAACAUGUAGAAAACACAUUUCUUUCAUUAACAUUAGAUUCUAACUAAAUCCUGUCAGCGUUUAGCACUGUGUGAGGUGCGUAAAUGUGCACCGCACUUCUCCUUAUGAGGGGACACAAUCUUUUAUUCUGCUGCAGUGAGAUCCCUGCAGGUGUCCAAUAAGCUCAAAAGUACCUGCAGCCCUCCUGCUAUCAAUCAGGACCUUAACCAGCGGGAGCGUGCCUUUGUUCCCACAUUCUGCUGCUGAUCGAAAUAAAAUUAUUCAUUCAUUCAUUCAUUUACUAUAAAGUGCUUCCAAAAAAUCUUGUGAGAGGAUAGGGUCUUAAAUUGAAGGGAAAUUUAGGAACACAAGAACUCAUUUUGAAAAUGUCCUAGAAAUGUGGGAACAUAGGGCUGACCCCUUAGCAGCCCAACAACUUUGACCCAAUGGUUGAGUCACCCUUACCCUAUAGCUAAUGAUACCGUUAGCUUGCUUUAAAAUCUCAUCUACUUUUCUUGGUGCAUCCUGGAGAGGUGUCUAUUAAAGUUUGAGCUUCUUCGUCUUCUCCUUGACAGUGUUGCCAACUUAGCGACUUUGUCUCUAUAUUUAGCGAGUUUUCAGACCCUUCUAGUGACUCUUUUUCAAAAAAGCGACUAGCAACAAAUCUAGCGACAUUUUCUGGUGUUUAAUGGAGACUUUUGGAGACUGACAUAAA